UAUUAUUUAUCAAGAUAUUCUGUUUGAAUUUUUCAAUAUUCAUUCUAAAGAAGAAGCAAUACUUUAAAAAAACUUCUAGAUGGUCGGAUAGAAGCCAUAAAUUUUGUGAAAACCGUUCUCUGAGCUGUCCGGGAAACGCUUCACCGUUUUCCAGUUAAUUGUCCAAAGUCAAAAAUGCACUUAACAGAGUAUGAAACAAAAAAAAACGUCAAAGUCAUCAGUACACCUUUCCGUGUUAUCAAUUCAGUUUGGUCAGUCCUAUAAACGUUUCAAUCGUACUCUUGUGCAAAUACUUACUGCUAAACAAAAAAAAAUAAUGAAAUUACCUUUUCUACUGACACUAUUAUUACUUGAACUUGUAUGUUCCUACAAGGUCCUAGUAUUCAAUCCAGCGUUCGGAGCAAGUCAUUCGAAUUUUUUAGGGAAAAUUUCCGAUAUUCUUAUUGAUGCAGGUCACGAUGUGACAAUGCUAAUUCCUGUUUGCAUGGAAUCGAAAAAGGAUUUAGUUGGUUCCAAAAAAGUUAAGAAAAUCAUAAGAAUUGAUCAAGAACCACGUAGUAAGUUAAUGCAAGAAGAAGCGAAAACGGAAGAAAUGAUAAAGAAGCAAAUAUGGAAACUUGAUGCAGAUAUUACUAUUUUCUUUUCGAUGAUCAAAAACUUCAGUAUUGCCAGUGGUUAUCAGUGUGAAAAUAUUUUCAAGCAAACAGCUAUCUUGGAACAAUUGAGAAAUGAACAUUUUGAUUUGGGAAUAACAGAAUCUCUGUUUAUUUGUGGAUUUCCUCUUCUCGACUCGAUUGGUGUGAAAACAAUAAUCAAUGCAGAUUCAGUACUUUAUCUAGAUGUCGUUAAACAUGCUCUUGGUGAACCAGCAUCAACUAGUUACUAUCCUGGAGUUUAUGCAAAAAACAUAGACAGAAUGAGUUUUCGAGAAAGAGUACGGAAUUUAUUUGGAAUGGCAUUCUCUUGGUAUUUUUCGUGGACAAGAUUUCAAGGAGAACUAGAAGCAAUUAAGCCAUACUAUAAUAAAUCGUUAACAUGGGAAGAUCAUAUUAAUGGAGCAGCUUAUUAUUUCAUAAAUUCAAAUCAAUAUUUGGAUUAUCCAAGUCCAACUCUCCCAAAAACAGUUUUUAUUGGUGGAAUGCAAGUAAAUACGAAUAAGCAUGGAAAAGUUAAACUGGAAAAGGAAUGGGAUGAUUUAUUGAAUUUGCGAAAACAAAAUGUUCUUGUGUCAUUUGGAUCAAAUGCUUUCUCAUGUGAUAUGCCAGAUGAGUUCAAAGAAUCGUUUUUAAAAGUUUUUGCAUCGAUGCCGGAAACCACUUUUAUUUGGAAAUAUGAACAAGAAAAUGCAACGUUAGCAGAUCAACUUUCGAAUGUCAAAUUGACUACUUGGAUGCCACAAAAUGAUAUUCUUGCGGAUGAACGAUUAACACUUUUUGUCACUCACGGAGGUCUUGGAAGUUCAAUGGAAUUGGCAUAUCAAGGGAAACCAGCAGUUGUUAUUCCACUAAUGGCUGAUCAACCGAGAAAUGCACUAAUGCUCACAAGACACGGUGGUGCUCUUCAAUUGGAUAAAACUUUUUUGAAUAAUUCAGAAAAAAUUAGAGAAGCCAUACAGACUGUUAUGGAAAAUCCGAGCUACAAGAAAAAUGCAGAAAAAUUGGCAAAUAUACUUUCUUCACAGCCUCAUCAACCAAAAGACGUUGUUCUGAAACAUUGUGAUUUUGCAGUCAAACAUGGAGAUUUGAAAACUUUAAACUCAGAAGGCAGACAUUUAAAUGUGUUCCAAUAUUACUCGAUUGAUAUUGCUUUAGCUGCUGGACUAUUUCUUGUAACAAUUAUUUCAUUUAUCAUUUUUACAAUAAUUUUCGUAUUCAAGAAGGUCUAUUUUAUGUGCCGAUCGGAUAAACAGAAAGUUGAAUAGAUUUAAAUUAUUUUCAAAAUAUCUGUAUUAAUGAAUAAACUAUUUAAUGUCUCACA